AGGGGUAAUUGGAGCCAGGCAGGCUUUCUUCUCUGCUCCUCUGCCCAGCCAUGGGGACUUUCAAUCUGUGGACUGAUUACCUGGGUCUUGCAAACCUGGUUGGGGCUCUGCAUGAGGAAGAGAAGCCUUGUGUAAGGCUGGACCCCAAGCCAGAGUCCAAGCCAGAGCCCAAGCCGAGCCCAGCAAGCCAGCAAGCCAGGAAAGAAUCUUCAACAGCUCCUGAACGCUUAUGCUCAUUCUGCAAACACAAUGGCGAGUCCCGGGCCAUCUAUCAGUCCCAUGUCCUGAAGGAUGAGGCAGGUCGGGUGCUGUGUCCCAUCUUGCGGGAUUAUGUGUGUCCCCAGUGUGGAGCCACUCAGGAGCAUGCCCACACUCGACGCUUCUGCCCACUCACCGUCCAGGGCUACACUUCUGUCUACUGCUACACCACCCGGAACUCUGCAGGGAAAAAGCUGACCCGGCCUGACAAGGCAAAGACACAGGAUGCUGGCUACCGCCCAGGAGGAGAAACAGCAGCAGGUUCCAAAAGUGGCAGGAAGCCCUCUGGACCUUCACCCUCGGCCUACUGUCCCUCCACUACGGCCUAG